CGAGUCGUAUGCAUCUUCAAUAUAAUGUAUAUUGAUGAUCGCAACCUUUAAAACCGGUUGGGUAAUAUUAUUAAGUUCGAAAAAACAAAUGUUAAGGCUUACAUCAAGUUUAGUGCGCGCCAGUGCCAUACUUUUGCAAGACGUGGUCGAAGACUGCGGCUGUAUAGUUAUGAUGCCAUUACGCAAAAAAUAGUUUAAUAAAAAAAAGUGACGUUUAAUUUCGCGGGAAUAAUUAGGUAUUUUUAUAGGGCAUUUAAUUAAUUUUUUUCAAAAUGCAAAAAGUGGCUGUGAUUUUGUUUUUGUUUUCGUUUAUAAAUAAUGCCCUGCUGCAAGGAACCGGGUCCGGUACGAAUGGUAACCUACGGCUGUGCGUGGUGGAAGGCCGAGGGUCGUACAAGAGGACGUUGAAAAACUGUCCCGUACUGGACAAGGAGUCGUCUGGCGUCGAGUGCGUGCUGGGGACUGACCGCCUGGACUGUCUUCGUCGCAUCAACAAAGGCACCGUCGACUUCGGCGCCUUCAGCCCUGAGGACCUCAUCGCGGCGCAGUGGGCAGGCGUCGACGUGCUGGUCACUAACGAGCUGCGGUAUCGAUCCAAGCCCUUCGAACGUUCGGUGGUGGCUGUGGUCAACCGCCGGAUUCUGUCUGACGAGCCCAUGCCUGUCCGAGCCCUCCUGAAGAACAGGACCCUAUGCCACCCUGGAUCUGGUGUGGACGAUCUGAGGCCGCUUAGUUUCACUCUUUCUGCGUAUUUGGAGUUCCAAGUGCUUUCCCGGGACUGCCUUGACGACCUGUCGCUAGCUGAGAACCGGGUCAAGGCCUUGGCCGACUUCUUCGGAAGCUCCUGCAAGGCUGGGGCCUGGGUGGUGGACAAGAACAGAGACGCACAGCUUAAACGCAAGUACUCCUCGCUAUGCGCCGCAUGCGGCUCCUCCUCGUGCAGUGCCAACGACCCUUACUGGGGCAGCUCGGGCGCGCUCGCCUGCCUUGCGGAGGUGGGGGACGUGGCGUGGGGCGAGCUGGUCGACGUCCAGGCUUACUUCGGGCUAUCGGAGCCGCGCGGCAAGUCGCUGCGCCCUCCAGCGGAGAAAUACGCGUACCUCUGCCGCGACGGCUCGCACCAGCCGCUGGAGACGCCGGAGCCUUGCGUGUGGCUGCAGCGGCCGUGGCCCGUCAUCGUGGCCAAGAGAGGCAAGUCGCUGCGCCCUCCAGCGGAGAAAUACGCGUACCUCUGCCGCGACGGCUCGCACCAGCCGCUGGAGACGCCGGAGCCUUGCGUGUGGCUGCAGCGGCCGUGGCCCGUCAUCGUGGCCAAGAGAGGCAAGUCGCUGCGUCCUCCAGCGGAGAAAUACGCGUACCUCUGCCGCGACGGCUCGCACCAGCCGCUGGAGACGCCGGAGCCUUGCGUGUGGCUGCAGCGGCCGUGGCCCGUCAUCGUGGCCAAGAGCCGCUGGAAACGCCGGAGCCUUGCGUGUGGCUGCAGCGGCCGUGGCCCGUCAUCGUGGCCAAGAGGCCCUCACCUCACCAAGUCGCUGCGCCCUCCAGCGGAAAAAUACGCGUACCUCUGCCGCGACGGCUCUCACCAGCCGCUGGAAACGCCGGAGCCUUGCGUGUGGCUGCAGCGGCCGUGGCCCGUCAUCGUGGCCAAGAGUCGAGCAUCAGAAGCAGUAGCCAACCUGGCGCUCUCUCUCCACAACAACAACGUCACCGUCGACCCGCACUGGCGCGGAGCCCUGGCGGCUCUACUGGAGAUCCGCUCGGCACAGCCGGAGCCUCUGCAGCCUCCGGUCACACCAGCCGACUACCUGGCCAAGGCUAGAGGGUUCAGAGAGGCUUAUAGCCAGACUGGAUGCGUCCCGCCUAGGCACAUAACCUUUUGCACGACCUCCAACUUGGAGCGCAACAAAUGCGAGUGGCUGAGCGAAGCGGGUGCUGUGUACGGAGUGGCGCCCUCUAUCCAGUGCGCGAUCGCCAACAGCACUAGCGAAUGUAUGAAGGCGGUGGCCAACGGCGACGCUCAUAUCGUGGCUGCGGAUAGCAACUGGCUGAUGAAGGCUGAGAGAGACUACAACUUAACAGCUGUUCUACACGAAGCCACGCCAAUAGUAGACAAAACCCACACUGUUGUUGCGAACGUGCUUACCGAUUCACACAUCAACAAAAUGGCCGAUUUGCGCGGGAAACGAGUCGCUUUUCCCGAAUACGAUGGCGUCGCCUGGCAUUCCGUUCUACGCUACUUGAAAAACAAAGAAGAAUUGUCUUGCGGCGAUUUCAAAGGGUAUUUCAAAGAAAUCUGCGCUCCAGGAGUGAGCCAGAGCGUUAUUGAGCAAGCCAAAGUCUUCACUACGACCUGCUACGAAGAGGGAUUGAGUGGGGAAAUGCAGGCGCUGAAAGCACUCGUUGAGGGAAAGACCGACGUUGCUUUUAUAAGCAUGGAGACUUACAAAACGUAUAGAGCCAAGCUGAUCUCACAACCAUGGGCAAGCGAACCUCUACAGCUCAAUCCAGUGUGUCCAGAAGACAACCCAAAAUACUGCUUCAUCAGCUGGGCCAACAUUGGCCACAUAUACGCCUCAAAGAACAUUUCAACCAUGCGCCACCAAGAAAUCGUCAACGUAUUCACCAAGCUGGACCAACUGUUUGGCAAACAGUAUCCAUUCCAUAACUCCAUCUUCUCUAUGUAUGGCCCAUUCAAUCAUCAACCAGAUGUCUUAUUCCACAACAGUACGAAGAAUUUAAUCACCGAUGAUAGUUUAAAGUCACAACCCUACAGCCGGAUUCCGUUGAAUUUCGAACGCAGCCUGUCAAACUCAACUGACAGCUGUCAAGCGGAGGAAAUUGCUAAUUUGAGCGCGAAAAUUCAACCGGGAUUACUGGUGAUGAUGGUCUCUCUAGUCGUUUAUUUAAUAAGUUAAAAGUCAAUACCAAUAUUUUGUAAGAUUAAAAUAAUAACUCGUU